AUGGCAUCAAAAAAUUCGAGGAAUAGUACUUUUCAUGCAAGUUUUCUUGAUGGUUUAAGAGGUUUAGCUGCACUUUCAGUAGUUUAUUCACAUUCACAAACUACAUUCAAACAAAUUCUUCCUUAUAAUACAUAUAAUAUGAUUGGUUUUGAUGGCGUUCGAUGUUUUUUUGUACUGUCAGCUUUUUUAUUAACAUUUCGUGCAAUGUUAGAAUGGGAAGCAUACCUUGAAAAAAGAAAUAUUUCAAAGGAGAAAAAAGAGGUGGAAGAGAUGGCGAAUAUUAACGGUAAUGAUAACGAAGAGAGUACUGGAUCAAAUACAUCAAAUCCAUCAUUAAAUGAUGACGACAAGAAUAAUUAUAAUGAGCAAUAUCAUGAAAAAACUAUAGAACUAGGUAUUAAAGUAACGAAAAGUUUAUCAACAAGGAAAAGAAUGUUCUCGAAAUUAUGCGAAGAUAAUAAUUUGAUACCAAUUAAAAUAUGGGCCAAAUUUUUUCUACGCAGGUUUAUGAGAGUAUAUCCACCUUAUGCCAUUCUUUUGAUUUUAGUUACAUAUAAUCAAUUUAUUGGCGAAUCAUAUUUUCAAGCUAUAACUCCUGAUAACCUUGUUCCUCAUCUUACCUUAAGUAAAGGCGAAUUCAUUUUUUGGUCAAUACCACCUGAAAUGAUGUUUUAUUGUGUUAUUCCAAUAAUUGUAAUAGGAUAUGUAGGACUUGGUGAUAUAGGGAAAAAACUUAUGAAAAUCACUAGCUAUAAUGAAAAAAAAGGAGAAUUUAUUGGCCGGUUUAUUGCCUUUUCUAUAAUAGUACUUGCACGUACAAUCAUUGCAUUCAAUCUUUAUGGUAAAAAUCCUUUACUGUUAGAGGGCACAGCUCAUUAUUUUUUAGCUGGAUCAUUAGGAGCUAUAUUAUAUAGAGAAGCUAUUAGAUUAAAUUUAUUACCAAAAAGUGAAGAGGAUGAGAAAAAAGAAGAUAACGAGAACAAUGAUGAUGAAAAUGAUAACGAAAUUCGAAGAAACCCUAAAAACAAAAUAUAUUUAUUAGCGUCAUUAGUAUAUAAUUAUUUUUACAAAAAAUUACCUACAUUUCACACAAUACUUCGUAAAGUAUUUGAUUUAUCUUGUUAUGUAAUGUUUAUAAUAAUUUUAUGCACAAUGCCAAGAUUAUCAUCAAAAGUCUUGGGCUAUUUAUAUAAUCUUCAAUUGGAAUUGAAUGCAGGAGGACUACUUUAUUCAACCUUAAUUCUACUUGGAUUAUUAUCGCGUAAUGAAUCAUUUGUGAAUUUAUUGUCAUUGAACUAUUUUCGCUUUUGUGGUAAAAUUUCAUUUAGUAUCUAUCUUUUGCAUCCAAUAGCUUUCAAUCUAGUGAAUAAUUAUAUUAGUAAUUAUCUUACAUUUAUUGGUAAUGUUGAAACACUCAAGGAUGUAGAUCAAUCAGAUGAAUUUGAAAAAAAUAAUGAUAUUUUUGAUUCGGUGAUGUUAAGUUUUUUGGUUACAAUAGUUUUAUCAUGGUUUUAUUACCACUUGGUUGAAUUACAGUCAAUGAAUUUGGCAAAUUAUAUUGCAAAAAGAUGGUUAAAUAUUAGCAAAAGAAUGCGAUGA